GUCUCGCCGACCUGGACCCGGCCGUCAUUCCGCGCUCGCGAGUCGACCGCGACACACGUCUCGUCCGAACCGCAAGUGCCGACAACUUUCACGUCCCAAUGCGAACGUCGCUCGCGGCCACCGUCUAAGCAAAGGGUUGUAGCGGCAGUACGAUGGACGACAAGCCGAGCGAGGAGCACUACAGCCUGCGAUGGAACAACCACCAGGCGCACCUGCUCCGCUCGUUCGAAGCUCUGCUGCACGCCGAGACGCUCGUGGACGUGACGCUGGUGUGCGCCGAGCGCCGCGUGCGAGCCCACAAGGUGCUCCUGGGAGCCUGCAGUCCGCUGUUCCGCCGGAUCUUCAGCGAGAACCCGUGCAAGCAUCCCGUUAUCGUGCUCAAAGACUUUCAAGGGUGGGAAGUGCAGGCGGUUGUGGAUUUUAUGUACCGAGGGGAGGUUUCUGUGGCACAGGAGCAGCUGGGAACAGUGAUUAGGGCGGGGGAGUCGCUGCAGGUGCGAGGGUUGGCAGACCAGGAUGUGGCCGAAGUGGAGUCCGAGAGGUCGCCGGCUGUCAGUCCGGCGACGGGACCUCCUCGGGCGGUGAACUCGCCCUCCGCCAGUCCUCACAGUCCGCAGCCCAGGAGGAAGCAGGCGAGGCCUAGAAGACGCUCUGGUGAAUCAGAUACACCUGAAAACUUAUCUAUGCGGCGCUCACCCAGUGGUUUGAAGGCCGUGCGGCUGUCUCGAGGACGAUCACCGCAGAAGCAGGAGCCGGAAGAGCAUGAGCCGGAGUCAGCCCCGACCCCCAGGAUGUACCAGCCCCACCAGGACAUGUUCCCGCCGGUGCCUCCGCCCGCUGUCUCCGCAAUGUCACUCACACCACCCCACAUGUUCGGAAUGGAUUCACCCCUGGGGCUAUUUCCCCCUGGGAUGGAGCACAAAAUGUACCCUCUGAUGGAUGUGGACCACCGGCCGCAACCCUUGGACGCGCAACUAUUCACAAACGUCAAGAAGAAAUGUGGGUUACAUUUAUAUCCUACUCAUAGGCGACCGAAAGGCCAGCACAGCGCACCGCGAGGUGGUCCUCCACGAUCCUGGACUAACGCUGAACUGACAGAAGCGCUACAACACGUUUGGAACAAGAAAAUGACCACAAGCCAGGCGUCCCGAAUUUUCGGGAUCCCAUACAACUCUCUAUUAAUGUACGUUCGAGGUAAAUACGGAAAGAGCUUAAAACUGGAGCAGCUGAGGAAGGACUGUAUAGGCGGACCGCUGGAGGUGCUAAAUCUGAACGCGGGUAACAAUAACAAUAACCAUCCUCCAAACAAGCACCACGACAAGGACGAUCAGCACCAGAACUCGGGCCAGAGGCCGGCCAGUUCGGAGCCGGACAUUUCCUCCAACCCAAUGUUCAAUCCAUUCCAGCAAGGUUUCUACCCGGAGUUCCCGCCUGGUUUCCCGAUGCCUCUUAAUAUGCUUCAUCUGUUGCCACCGAGCGAUAAGGCCAGAGAGUUAUACCAGUCGAUGCCGAUGGCGCUCGACCCGAUGUCCGUCGUUACGAAGGAGGAAGACUGCAAGAGUGACAGGUCGAAGGAGAACUCGGCAGACGAGGAGGGAGACACGUAUCGUAACCCUCCCCACCCUGCCCAUCAGCCUGAUAACCGCACCCUGCUACACCACAAUGGUCAGGAUUAAAACUUCCAUUGAACAAUAACGUCUUCGAUUCCAAAACUCCUUUCACCCUUCUCUUAUGAUUUUUCUUCCAAUUGGAUAGUACGGAGCAACUCGGUUUUAUAAGCAUAUUAUACGGGCGAUAUAUUGCGUGCAGAUCUAAAUCUUCGUACACUAUAAUAUGCUUUUAGAAGUUUAGUUCCUCUCGCUCGAAGUCAGGGUUCGAUCUCUUGGUGUCGAAUGAUGUCAAAUUAGUUAAAUUUAUAUUUAAAUAUGUUAAUAUUUGUAAAUGUAUUUAAAUCGCGUACUUGCGUUCGGGAUUGAAGCCGAGGAGUGCAAUAAUUGUGUUGGACGGUGUUGUGUUUGUUACCGUAACUCUUUGUUGUUGACCAUUCCAUUAAUACAUUCCUUUUUAAUUAUUUUUAGAUAAUAUUUCAUAUCAUUUUACUGUAAAGUGUAUUUUCUUAUGUAUAUUAUGUUAAUCGAAUGUAGAUUAUACAUUAAAUGUUCGAGUCGACUCCUACAUUUCACCAAAGUUUGUAAAAUAUUUCGUAGUUUAUAAAUCAAUAAACAAUUUUUAAAUGUAAAUAGUUAUUGAUAGUCGUAUAUAGUGACCGUUGGUUAAGUGGACAUCAAUGUCGAAGUGGUACAUAGUAGUUUGUAUGUAAUUGUUGUAGUUUUAGUGAAAGAACAGAAUCUCUGUCGUCGCGAGAGUCGGGAAGUUGUCGUGAGUCCACACACAUACAAUUCGAACAAUAAAUCGAACUCGGAGCCGAUACGUUUCCCACAAAUUACUGGCUAUGUCGUAACUAGAGUUGUCGGGGAAAUAAUAGGCCAGGGAAAAGGCAUUGCGGCCGUUUCGUAGACGCAGCGUCGCGAUCCGGAAAUCGUGAUUCCGAAGUCAAGACGGAGCCGCGACCGUUCGGGUGGUCCUGAUUGCUUCGUGACGUCAGCAACUUUAUGAUUACACAAUAAAAAACAAGAUUUCAUUAUCAAUAACAAUGAAACAUACGACAGUGGUCGCCUUAGACAAAUAAUGUAUCUGCACUCAAUGUUCAAAUGAAAAGGAGCUUUCGAAAUUUUAGUGAAUAAUGAAAGUUUAGGAUAAUUGGGUUUAAAACUGGCUUUAGAUAAUUGUAUACAGUGUAGUUGGUAUACCGGUCGGUAACUCGCGUCUUCAAUGUCUAUGCCUACUUGUAAAUAUUUUAAUUAUAAAUCUAUGUUGAGAAUAUAUUAUAGUUUUUCAGUCGAUUACAUUCUACGCGAUGUAAGGCUAUUUAUUUAGUUUCGUAAUUAUCACAAGUUAUUGAUUUGACAUUGAGGUUAUGACGUUAUGGAACUGCAAAUCUCUAAUCAGAAGACUGAAUACUAUUUUCGACUAUUUUGUAUGAUCUAACAGUAAACAACACUUCAAACACGGAGCAAGGUACCUGCGUCAUCUACAAUAUGUCGUUACAGGGAUUUUAUAGAUUAAACUAAUUAUUAUAUCGAGGUUUUACUAUUUACUUUCCUUCGCUUUCUCUUAUGACACUUCUGGUUUAAAUUGUGUCUAUGCAUCAAUAGCUUUGUUGAUACACAAUUUAUUGGUUUCUCUGAACAGAACUAAUGUAGAACAAGACAUAUUCUAAGUGAAUAACUGGCGCCGUGUUAGGUUAGAUGUGCCAAAUAUAUCGCACAAUUUGUUAUUUUCUCUACAUUCCUAUAUGAGUUGUGAUUGUUGUUUGCCUAGAUAUAUUUCGUACAAAUUCAGCAGUAUUAGAGUGAUUUUGUUAAAGUUUUAAUUGACGUUUUAUUUUAGUUACUUAUGUUAUUUGUUACGGCGAUUAACAAUGAUUAAAUGAUUAUAGUUAUUUGUAAUGUAAAUGAUGAAUCUCAAUUAUUAAUAGUUUAUAAGUAUUAAUCGGAAUCAUUUCACAAAAUCUUAUUAAGUAUUUCAGAUCUACUCGCUGACAGACGAAACAUUUCUUCUAUACUAAAGUCUUUAUUUCUCAGCAACAUAAAAUUACUUAAAAUUUAUCAUAAUAAUAUCUAUUUAUAAGAUUUUUCAUAAUUUUUUAUUAAAACAUUAUUGUGAUUCCGUUACUUAAAUAGAAUAAAGAGUUUAGUUCCUCCAAUUUCGUUAUGUGUAAUUUAUAUACUGUAUUUUAAAUGGUCUUAGCACUAGUAAUAAAUAAUUGUUCUCUCACACAAAGAGUAUAAUAAUAUUAAUAAGUUGUGUAAUUAUUUUUUGUUGUAUUUUGCCUAAUAUAAUUACAAAUAAAUUAAAUCGUUACAUUAGAAUGUAAAAAAGAUUAUCUAUUUGAUCUUAAUUAAUACGAAAAAUAUAUUUAUGUUCUAGUGGCAUUCUGUCAAAUAAUUAAUUGAAUUGGAAAUGAUGGAGCGAUGUAGUGAAAUUCGACACCGACGUAAAAGUGUAAAAAAAAUAAAAUAAAGUUAUGGAAUACC